AUGGGUACUACUUCUGAUCAUGUCCACAAAGAUAUUGAUGAACCCUUGCUAGCACCUAAUGAACCAACACCACCACAACUAGCAUCACCUUUCACUCAUUCAUUUGGUUCAAAACAUGAAUCAGAUGGUGAACUCGAAAGAAUUCUGUCGGAUACAAGUGUUCCUUUUGUUAAACGUGUUAGACUUGCUACAUGGGUUGAGUUUAAGAUGCUUUUUUACCUUGCUGCCCCUGCUGUUAUUGUUUACCUUGUAAACAAUGUUACGUCAAUGUCUACUCAAAUAUAUUCUGGUCAUCUUGGUAAUUUAGAGCUUGCUGCUGCUUCACUUGGAAAUAAUGGGAUACAAGUCUUUGCUUAUGGCCUCAUGUUAGGCAUGGGGAGUGCAGUUGAGACACUAUGUGGACAAGCAUUUGGUGCAAAAAAGUAUGACAUGUUAGGCAUAUAUUUGCAAAGAUCAACAGUUCUUCUCACAUUAGCUGGAUUGGUAUUGACAUUAAUCUACAUAUUCUCCAAACCACUUUUGAUAUUUCUAGGAGAAUCACCACAAAUUGCAUCAGCAGCAUCACUUUUUGUCUAUGGUCUAAUCCCACAAAUAUUCGCCUAUGCUAUAAACUUUCCAAUACAAAAAUUUCUCCAAGCACAAAGCAUAGUUGCACCAAGUGCAUACAUAUCAACAGCAACAUUGUUUAUUCAUGUUAUAUUAAGUUAUUUUGUUGUGUACAAAAUUAGACUUGGCUUAUUGGGUGCAUCAUUGGUUUUGAGUUUCUCUUGGUGGAUAAUUGUGAUAGCACAAUUUGUUUAUAUUGUGAAGAGUGAAAAGUGUAGACAUACAUGGAAAGGGUUUAGUUUUCAAGCGUUUUCAGGAUUAGCAGAGUUUUUCAAAUUAUCAGCUGCAUCAGCAGUAAUGUUGUGUUUAGAGACUUGGUACUAUCAAAUAUUGGUUUUGCUUGCUGGAUUACUUCCUCAUCCUGAAUUGGCUCUUGAUUCUCUUUCUAUUUGUACAAGCUCUUCUUCUCCCGCAUAUCACAUUCACUCACAUAUACUUUCCAGCACCAUUAACAACACUAAAUCCAUCAAUAAUCAAAGACAACAACAUUUUUUUAUAAUAUUUCUCUUAUGCGACAAGAUUCCUCCGCCAAUCCUUCCGUUUGCCGCUGUUCGAACUCCUCCUUCCGCCGACAACCUCUUUGCGUGCUGGACAACCGCCACGGUCUCCGACCCGAACCUCCGCUUUAGAUCCUUCCGCUUUAGAACUCAAACCCACCGCGACCACUGCUCCACGGACAUCUCCUUCACUCGUCGCCCUUUACUUGCUGGAGACCAUUCAUUCGCUGCCACCCACUAA